AUGGCGGCUGCCGCUUCUUCCUCCCCGGACGUGUGGUCCCGGGGCGCGGUCGCUUCGCUCAGCGAAGCUGCCCAUCCAACCGAAGACCGCCCAGGGCGCGUCAACGUCAGUGUCUUGGAGGAUUUGCGGACUCUGGCUCACUGGGAGUACUGGGUGCAGCUGUCGCUCUUCACUGCAGACCUCCACAUCGUCGGCGGAUGGAGUCUAGCGACCUACGCUGAGGAACAGAUUUUCGAAACCAAGGCCAGAGCGCUGAAGGGCCCGGUCGUGUAUUCGUUUCUGGAUCUGAACGAACUCGAGACGCCGCAGUCGUUGGAGGACAUCCUCGCGGAGAAGCGCGUCAAGUCUGACUGGCGCAAGCAGAUCUUCCCCACUGGACAGUGCCGCCCGCCUGUCGGGUUCGAAGGAAAUCCCUCGGGCACCUUUCGCCUCAUAGUUUGCAAGCUCGCGCUCGGCACGGUGAUCUCGAAGGAUCGCGAGCCUGGAGAGACAGGCGACGCGAACUUCAAGACGUGCGACAUCCCUGGCGACUUCACUGCGCUGUCGCGGAGAGACCUCGACGUCCGCGACAAAGGAGGCAAUUGCCGCGAAGGAAGCGGCGCGUAUCGGGUGCUGUAUCGCGUGAAGCGCGCAGAGCAAGUGCUCCCGGCGGUGGUGCUUGAGUUCGAGAUGAAGCCACUCCGCAUUCAGGUGCUGCAGCCGGUCUGCGAGCUCUGCGAAGUCCUUCCCGCGACCAUCUACUGCCCGGCUGACCGCGCGCAGCUCUGCGACGAGUGCGACGAGCGCGUCCACUCAGCCACGCGCAUGCUCUCCAGGCAUGUGCGCGUCCCCGCCACGCAUUCGCCUUUCCAGUUCGGCUUUUGUCCGUACCAUCCUUCAGAGAUGAUUGACUGCGUGUGCAUGACGUGCUUCGUCGCACUCUGUCCGCACUGCAUUCUCAUCGGCAGUCACUCCUCCGCGGAUUUUUCUGAGCACCCCCUGAUCUCCACAGUCGACGCCUACAAGAUGGUGAUGCAGGACGCGUCGCCGAGCGAAGAAGCUAUUCGAGAGAGGCGUCGGCGAAUCGACCGGGAGCUCGUUGAGAAACACCGGCAGCUCAGUCAGCUGCACUCGAACUUUGUCUCUGUGCAGAAGCGCAUCGACGAGGCCACAAGAAAUUUAAUUGGCCAGCUCUCAACGCUGAAAGAAAGGAAAACCAACUACCUCCUCGCCAUCAAGCGCGAGCUCCUCAGCGAAAUGCUUGUCAUCGAGUGGAUGGAGGCCUUUUUCGCGCAUUUGCGGCUCUCCCUCAAUCCCGCGGACUUCUUGAGCUACAAACACAAAUUCGAUCUCACGGCUGCAAAUAUCUUUGGAGGCACCGUGCGAGUUGACGUCGAUCUGGACGCCAUGCCGGGGUGGAUGUCCGAGAAAUUCGUUCUCAAAGGCUCCUUUUCUGUCACGACGGCUUCCUACACCGUCCCGUCGCUCACAACAUUCGAUAAACCCGCGGAUCCCCGCCUAAUGAAAGUUUUUCUCGCGCGUGCGAGUUACAAAUCCGGCAAGGGCCGGAUGAUACUGAGCGGCGCCGAGCGACAGGCCGACGAAGAAGAGUCUCCUGACAAGCUUCCGGAGGAGGGCGAGGAAGAAGAAGAGGAGGAACCGGACGUGGUGCAUGCGCAGUGGGUGAAUCUGCCGUCGGAGGUGGAGGGCUUGGAGCCUGAGGGUCGCGUGCGCGCGCACACAAAGAUGAUUUGCUUCCCCGAAGACUCAAGAAAGCACAUCGACCUCUCCAAGAAGGGCAACGAAGGACCGAGUGCGGCCGUCCUCGAGUACCAGCCGUCGUCCGAGGACGCGGCGCCAGACAGGCGCUUCCUUCCGCCGCAGAUUCGCGACGUGCUUUCGCGGGCGCGCGAAGAAGACGAGAGAGAGGCGGGCUUGCCCACGCUCAUGCAGAUCCUCAAUCCGCGGCGAAAAGUCCCGAAGGAAGUCAGCCGACGACUCUGGUACUUGUUGUCCGACAACCAUUUCUUGCCUCUCCUCACGCUGCUCAAGGCUGCCGACAGCGACAGACGGCCAGGACUGGUGGCUGCUGCAUGCAAUAUGGCGCAUCUCUUUUCUGCAAUCCCUGAUCUGGCGCGGCACCUGUUUCGGUAUGAGUUGGAGUGGGUUGGGCACCUGCCAGCGUCGCUUCUGUUGCACACCUCGUCGCUGCUUUUCCCGUUUUUGUCUUACUUGACGUCCUCGCGCGAGUUGCUUUUAUCCGGCGACGUAGCGUGGCUGCAUCAGUUGAUCGACCCGGUGCUGGCCGCCGCAGAGAGCUCCGUGGAGGCGGACCAUUUGUCAGUUGAGCAGAUCCUCGCUGAGCCGCCCGCGAGGCUCUUCCGCGCCGCGGGUCAGCUCUUUCUCGAGCGGCUGCAGCGACUGUCGCUGGCGGACUUCCCCUGCACCUUCCGCGGCCUGCUGUAUCUGCUCGCCGACGCGGUCGACGCUCACGUGGCGGAGUCGACGGGCGGCUCGGUGCUGCCGCAUCCGCGGGUCGCGGCGCCGGCUGUGGCGACCUGCUCAGAGGCCGUGCUGACGUGCUUUUUCGGCAACUUCAUCCUCCAGCACGCGAAGCAGAUCGUUCAGCCGCCUGACGGCUACCAGCCGCCUUACCUCGAGCAAGAGCGGCGCCGCUACGCGAGAGGCGAGGGAGGGGGCGGCGACAGCAUCCUCGCGUUUGAGCGCGAGCGGACUGAAGUGGCGGGGCUGCGGCGCAUGCGCGAGAGCGUGGAGAGGUCGCGUCUGCCACCGGUCUACAGCGCCGUCGACAAAAUGCUGCGGCAGAUGGCCAGUUUCUGCUGGGACGCGGUUCGAGUUGAGACACGGCGCGCAGGCGCCUCGGCCGAGAGCGACGACCUCGCGCGAAACCCCGAAGAGCGCUUCCUCGUCCAGGCGGGGAAGCAGAUCGUGGCGUGGUGCGGAAGUCAGCUGAGGCUGCCUCGCCUCCAGUCGCCGCUCCAGUUCAGCAAGGCGAGUCUCCAGAAUGCCGCAGACGCCGGCGUUGGCGAUAUUCUCAAGUUCGUACUCGAAAUCGACCGCGAAAUGCGCGAAGGCACUUUCCGCGUCGGCUCCCCCGGCCUGACCGAACGCGACGUCACCACGCCCGCGUACGAAGAAAUCCUCGAGUUCGCCAUCAAAGCCAGCACUUACGAGGAAAACGUCGCUGGGCGCCUCCGCCUCACGUAA